ACCUCCACUAGUCAGGCAAUCUUCUGCCUUCAGUCUGGUAUUUGUCAGCUUUUCCGAGAAACUCUUAUUCGCAAGGGAUUUGUGGAAAUUCAGACUCCCAAAAUCAUUUCAGCUGCCAGUGAAGGAGGAGCCAAUGUGUUUACUGUAUCAUACUUCAAAAGCAGUGCCUACCUGGCUCAGUCCCCACAGCUGUACAAGCAGAUGUGUAUAUGUGCUGACUUUGAAAAGGUUUUUUGCAUUGGGCCAGUAUUUAGAGCUGAGGACUCCAAUACACACAGACACCUGACUGAGUUUGUUGGUCUGGAUAUUGAAAUGGCUUUUAACUAUCACUAUCAUGAAGUGGUAGAUGAGAUUGCAGAUACCUUGGUGCAGAUAUUCAAGGGACUUCAGGAAAGAUUCCAAACUGAAAUUCAGACAGUGAACAAACAGUUCCCAUGUGAGCCAUUUAAGUUUUUGGAGCCAACACUGAGGCUGGAAUAUCGUGAAGCUGUGGCCAUGCUUCGAGAGGCUGGUGUUGAGAUGGGGGAUGAAGAAGAUCUGAGCACACCUAAUGAAAAGCUCCUGGGACGCCUGGUAAAGGAAAAGUAUGACACGGACUUCUAUAUUCUUGACAAAUAUCCUCUUGCUGUGAGGCCUUUUUAUACAAUGCCAGACCCAGUAAACCCUAAAAACUCUAACUCCUAUGAUAUGUUCAUGAGAGGGGAAGAGAUCUUGUCUGGAGCUCAGAGAAUUCACGAUCCUCAACUGCUGACAGAAAGAGCCCGGCAUCAUGGCAUUGAUUUGGAGAAAAUAAAGGCUUAUAUUGAUUCCUUUCGUUUUGGUGCACCUCCACAUGCAGGUGGUGGGAUAGGGCUGGAAAGAGUAACCAUGCUGUACCUUGGGCUGCAUAAUGUUCGUCAGACCUCCAUGUUCCCACGGGAUCCCAAACGACUGACACCCUAACACGAGCUGCCUUUGAAAAUUUGAGAUGAUUUGCCCUGCAAAUAUGAUACGAUUGCAAGCAUAUCCCCUGCUACUGAUGAACCUCUAUUGAUUUGAGCAUUGUAAUAUGCAAUAAAAAAAAAUCUCAUUUACUAAAGUGCCACAAUAAUUUUUUUUAUCCUUAGCUGUUUAUUUAAAAGAAAAUAUUUUAACAGAUCAAAACUCUUUGUAUUGGCAGCUGUGCACAUUUUUAAUGAAAAUGUGAUACUUUGAGUUAUUAUUCUAGUGUCACAUUAAAUUGUAUCAUGUUUCUAAACAUUUUAAUAAAUUAUGCAAUAAAAAUUCUGCAUUUUUAACAUGUCAGCAAGAUUGAAUAUUCUGAAGUACAGAAUUGGCUCAAAGCUCAAAUAACUGGAUGCUUGCAAUUUAAAAGUCAGGAGGAACCCAGCCAAUUGUUAAUUUACAUGAGUGUCAGGUAGAGAAGCAGGUGAGAACAACAUUCUUAACAAAAAGUCUUCAUGUGAAAGUAUGAAAAUAGAUUGCAAUAAAUCUCUCAAAG